CGCCAAAAUACUUCUUCCCGCCAUUACAUUAGCCCGCCAAUUCCACAUUUCUGCUACUCAGAUCUGGAGACUGAGCUUUUGGAAUAGCGAGGUGGAAAAUUGCCCCAAAGCGUUUAGAGAGAGGGAGAGAGAAUGUCGGACGAUCCUUCAGUUGUAGCCGGAAGGCGGAGGAGCCGGGGAAGCAAUGGGACGGCGAGGGCUAGCGCGCUGGAGCGUCUCAGAGCAAUCCGUAAUGGCGAACGCUGCUCCCGAGAGGCUGUCGAGCUCCAAGUCAAAAUGGAGGACCCGAUCUACGACGUAGUUGACGAUGAUGAGUACAAAGCCCUAGUUGCGAAGCGGGGCGAAGAGGCUCGGGGGUUCAUCGUCGAUGAUAAUGGCCUAGGGUACGGGGAUGAAGGUCAGGAAGAGGACUGGUCUAUUGCUGGGCUCCCUGAAUCUUCUGACGAUUCCGAAGGAGAGACAGAAAGGCGGAAGAAGAAGAAGACAUCAGAGAAGAAGGAGCAGCCUACGAAAAAGCCAUCGGCCGCACUGUCAGCUGCCGCAGCGUUGAUGGGUAGGCAACGGAUUUCGAAUAUGUUUACUUCUUCAGUUUUUAAGAAAAGUAGAGAUGAUGCAUCGAAAAAUUUGUCAUGUGAUAGCAUUGUAGAUGAUGUAAUAGCUGAAUUUGCUCCUGACGAGGCUGAUAGGGAAAAAAGACGGAGGGGAAGUUCUAUUUUAUCUUUGAAUUCGGCUAGUUCAAUUAAAGUGAAUACAAAUCCUUUGCCUACCAAAAUUGAGAAGCCGAUCAUAGACAGUGUAAAUUCGAUUGUGAAUGAUGAAGCUAGGAAAGUUCAGCCAAUUGUUGAGAGCGUUAGAAUUGGCGAGUCUAUGAUGAAUGAUGUGCAAAACACCCAUUUGGGUGACCCAAAAACUCUGCCGGAGAAAAUUGAGAAUGUAAGCACUUCCGAUGUCGACUUGAAAGAGAAGAAAGGAGUAGAAACAUGUGACUUUGCAGUGAAUGGAAUUGGGGACAACGAGAAUGUGUUAAGUGAAGCUGAAGUGAAGGUAGAUCCAAUGCAGGAGGAUAAGGUGUUUACACUCAAUGCAAAAAUUAAAGCGGAAAGUGAUUCUGCUUUAAGUGCAAACGUAGAGUGGCAAGCAGUGAGGAGUUCCGGAAAGUGCUCUGGGUUAAAUCAUGUCAAUGCUGAAGAAACCUCAGACUUGGAAUUGGAAUCUGAUGGAUCAUUUCCUUUCUUCAUACUUGAUGCUUAUGAGGAGCUUUAUGGAGCCAAUUCAGGCAUUCUUUAUCUAUUUGGGAAGGUUAAAGCAGGAGGUAGAUAUCACAGUUGUUGUGUGAUUGUAAGGAACAUGCAUAGAUGUGUUUAUGCAAUCCCAAGUAGCACUUUAUUUCCCAAAGAUGCAAUCUUGAAGCUAGAGAGCGAUGUUAAAGAAUCUCAAAUUUCUGCUGCCACUUUUCGUAGCCAGCUUCAUGAGAUGGCAUCAGAACUGAAAACAGAAUUGACGAAACAGUUGGUGGAACGCAAUGUCUCGAGUUUUAGCAUGGCACCUGUUAAGCGAAAUUAUGCAUUUGAAAGGUCUGACAUACCUCACGGGGAGAAUUAUGUCCUUAAGAUUAACUAUCCAUUCAAGGACCCACCACUUCCACCAGAUCUCAAGGGAGAAAACUUUUGUGCUUUACUUGGCACCCAUAGCAGUGCACUCGAGCUCUUUCUUGUGAAGAGGGAAAUCAAGGGUCCUUCCUGGUUAUCAAUUUCAAAGUUUGCUAGCUGUCCAACCCCUCAACGUGUAAGCUGGUGUAAAUUUGAGGUUACUUUGGAUAGUCCAAAGGACAUCCAAGUCCUCAAAGAGAACAUUCCAGAGAUUCCUCCAGUGGUUGUUGCAGCAAUAAAUGUGAAGACUGUUAUCAAUGAAAAACAAAAUGUCAAUGAAAUUGUAUCUGCAUCUGUUGUCUGUUGUCACAAGGCCAAGAUUGAUGCUCCAACUUUAACCUCUGAAUUAACAAGACUGGGGAUGCUUUCUCAUUUUACUGUUGUGCGGAAGCUCGAGGGAAGCAUAUUUCCAAUGGGAUUUACCAAGGAAGCAACAGAUAGAAAUACAAAAGCUGGAACUAAUAUUAUUAGUUUUGAAAGCAGUGAAAGAGCUUUGUUGAACCGUUUGAUGAUUGAGUUACACAAAUUGGAUAGUGAUGUGCUUGUUGGGCACAAUAUAUCUGGGUUUGAUCUGGAUGUACUGCUUCAUAGAGUUCAGGCAUGCAGAGUACCAAGCAACAUGUGGUCAAAAGUUGGCCGUCUUAAACGUUCUGCCAUGCCUAAGCUUACUAAAGGAAGUAACAUUUUUGGCUCUGGAGCAAGUCCAGGGAUCAUGUCUUGUAUUUCAGGGCGUAUCCUGUGUGAUACAUUUUUAUGUUCUCGUGACUUAUUAAGAGAGGUUAGCUAUUCCUUGACACAUCUCACAAAGAAUCUGCUAAAUAAAGAUCGCAAGGAAAUUUCUCCACAUGAUGUUCCUCAAAUGUUUCAGGCUUCUGACUCGCUUAUGAAACUAAUUGAAUAUGGAGAAACAGAUGCAUGGCUGUCAAUGGAACUCAUGUUUCAUUUGAGUGUUCUUCCACUCACUCGUCAGCUAACUAAUAUUAGUGGUAACCUUUGGUGUAAAACUCUCCAGGGGGCUAGGGCCCAAAGAGUGGAAUAUUUAUUGUUGCAUGAAUUCCACAGUAAGAAAUUCAUAGUGCCAGACAAGUUUUAUUCUAAAACAAAGGAAUUAAAGUUGACAAAGCGUAAACAAAACCAUGGUGGUGAUGGAAUAGAAACUGAUGAAAUCAACAUUGAGGACCCAAGUUUUGGAAAUGAGCCCCCAGAGAUUGAGACUGGGAAAACCAAAAAGGGACCUGCCUACUCAGGAGGUUUGGUUUUGGAGCCAAAACGAGGGUUAUACGAUAAAUACAUAUUGUUACUGGACUUCAACAGUCUGUACCCAUCUAUUAUUCAGGAAUACAAUAUUUGUUUCACCACUGUUGAAAGAUCUCAUGAUGGAUUGGUUCCUUCUUUACCAUCCAGUAAAGAAACUGGAGUCCUACCAAAGUUGCUUAAAAACUUAGUUGAGAGGAGAAGACAGGCAAAAGCAUCAUUGAAAACAGCAUCAGGCCUUCAAGCCCAGCGGUUUGACAUACAACAACAAGCACUCAAAUUGACAGCAAACAGCAUGUAUGGUUGCCUUGGGUUCUCCAAUUCUAGAUUUUAUGCUAAGCCUCUAGCAGAGAUGAUAACACAACAGGGAAGAGAGAUACUGCAGAGUACGGUUGACCUUGUCCAGAAUAUACUGAACUUAGAGGUUAUUUACGGUGAUACAGAUUCAAUUAUGAUUAAUAGUGGGCUUGAUGAUAUUCCAAAAGCAAAAUCAAUAGCAAGGAAAGUCAUUGAAAAGGUUAACAAGAAAUAUAAAUGUUUGGAAAUUGAUCUUGAUGGUUUGUACAAAAGGAUGCUGCUACUCAAGAAAAAGAAAUAUGCUGCUGUAAAAGUACAAUUUAAGGAUGGAACACCUUAUGAGGUAAUUGAAAAGAAAGGUCUUGAUAUGGUUCGUCGUGACUGGAGCUUGCUAUCAAAGGAAUUGGGAGACUUCUGUCUCAGUCAAAUACUAUCUGGAGGAUCUUGUGAAGAUGUUGUUGAGUCAAUUCAUAAUGCUUUAAUUAAGGUACAAGAGGAUAUGAGGAAUGGGCAAAUAGAACUGGAGAAGUAUAUAAUCACCAAAUCAUUAACUAAACCACCUGAAGCAUAUCCUGAUUCAAAGAAUCAACCUCAUGUUGAAGUAGCACUUAGGUUGAAGAAAAGUGGUUAUAUUACUGGCUGCUCUGCUGGUGAUACUGUACCAUAUAUCAUCUGCUGUGAGCAGGGAAAUCAUUCGGGUAGCUCUGUGGGGAUUGCUCAGCGGGCAAGGCAUCCUGAUGAGCUGAAGAAUGACAAUGAGAAAUGGAUAGUUGACAUUGAUUAUUACCUUGCACAACAGAUACAUCCUGUGGUAUCACGUCUCUGUGCAUCAGUUCAGGGAACCAGCCCUGCUCAUUUGGCUGAUUGCUUAGGUCUUGAUCCAUCCAAGUUCCAAAACAAAUCAAGCAAUGAUGUCAAAGAUGAUCCUUCAAGUUCACUCUUGAGUGCAGUAGAUGAUGAGGAAAGAUAUCGAGGUUGUGAACCGUUGGUCUUGGCAUGCCCUGGCUGCUCUUCUUCCCUUGAAUGUCCGCCCAUAUUUAACUCCAUAUGUUCGUCCAUAAGUCAGAAGCCAACAGACCCGCAAGCAGAAAGACCCUCCAUUGAGUUUUGGCACAAAUUAACCUGCCCUAAAUGCCCAGAGGAGGCUGCUGUGGGUAAACUGUCGUCUGCUUUAUUAGCAAACCAGGUGAAGAGGCAAGCUGAGAGGUUUGUUUCAACAUAUUACAAAGGAAUAAUGUUGUGCGACGAUGAAACCUGCAACUACACUAGCCGCAGCCUGAACCUGCGUGUAAUUGGCGGCUCAGAGCCUGGAACUGUUUGUCCAAACUAUCCUCGUUGCGAAGGGCAUCUCCUAAGAAAGUAUACAGAAGGUGAUCUGUACAAACAGCUUUCAUAUUUCUGCCACAUUUUGGACACUGAGCGAUGCAUCAAUAAGGUGGUGGAUAUUAACAUGAAAAUGCAAGUGGAGAAGGAAGUAGCUAAUAUCCGGCCUCUGGUUGAGGUAGCAGCAUCUACAGUGGAGAAGUUGCGCGACAGGUGCGCUUAUGGAUGGGUGCAGCUGAAGAGCUUGACGGUGGAUAUUUGAUCUGUGUAUAGUGUGCAUGUAUAUAUAUAUUGACGUUUGUAACACCUCCAUAUUAAAUGGUUACCUUGGCUCAACAAAAACUAAUCAUAAGAAUUGCAAUUUUUUUUAUUA